AUGGCCACUCAAACACCUCAAGCAUCAUAUGUUCCCGAAAACAUUGUUUACAAUUCCAAAAAAAUAACCUUUAUUCGUUCAUCGAUGUCAGCAAUCACUGGAUCAGCGGCCGGAAUCUUGGGGUUGACUGGCUACUAUGGAUUCAUCUUUUAUGGGAUUACCUCUGUAUUUACAUCUUUUCUCAUUUGGGCCGUGAAAACACAAGCGAAGCCAAGUUUAUAUUUUCGCACCGGUUCAGACGUCUGGACAGAAGGUGUAUUUGGUGGAUUAUUUUCUUACGUAUUGUUUUGGACUUUACUAUAUGGAAUAGUGCAUG